GUAUGAAACGCGUUUGUGUUUAGAGCUUGUUUUGACAACACGCGUUUACUGUGUGUUAUCGCGAGUAGCAUAGGGAAUCAACCUACAGGCGUGUGGUUUAAUAGUUUCGUCAUUGAAUCACAUGAAAAAAGUCGGGGCGGUUCGAAACAUCGAGUUGAACCGCGCGGGUCAAAAUUCGCGUAGUAUAGCGUAUCGAUAGUGGAAGAUGGCCGAUGAAGAGCCAGCGGCUCCUGGGGAAGGUGAAGAAGAAGAAAUCCCAAUCCCGGAAGCUGAACCUGAGGAAGAAGAGGCAGAGGUUGAAGAAGAGUCUAUCCUCACUGAAUACGAUCCUGAUGAUUUCGUAUCGGGCGCCGUCAACACUUUGGAUUCUACAAUACCAAUCGAUUUAUUUGAUUUUGAAUAUUCUUACGGCUACAAUUGCCACAAAUAUUUCAAUUUGUGUGCAUGCGACGAAACGGUCGUAUGUUGGGCAGCUGGCAGCAUCAUUACAUUUUUAGACGUCAACACUAAACAGACAUGGUUCAGGAGAAGCACCACUGGAGGCUCGAUUGGAAGUAUUACCUCAUACAGAAAAGACCCGAACUACCGCAUCGCAAUAGCAGAAGGCAGAGAAGGUUAUCGUAACCCGUUAAUAAUUUUGUAUACGUGGCCACAGAUGGAUAUAGACGCGGUACUCCGGGAUGGAACUACCAACGCGUAUUCCAUACUUGAUUUUAGCCCCGAUGGUGAACUCCUGGCGUCUGUAGGUAAGGAGCCAGAUUACAAUUUAACAAUUUGGAACUGGAAACAUCACAAGAUUCUUCUUCGCACCAGUGCGUUUACAUUUGACGUGAAUACCGUUAUGUUUUCACCUUAUUGUCCGGGACAACUGACUACGGCGGGUGCUGCACAUAUCAAGUUUUGGAAAAUGGCUGAAACAUUUACUGGGUUGAAAUUAAAAGGAGAGUUGGGUAGGUUCGGAAAAACGGAGAUUUGCGAUGUGCUUGGAGUAUAUCCAAUGCCUGAUGAAAAGGUAUUGUCAGGAUGCGAAUGGGGAAAUGUUUUGGUAUGGGAAGCUGGACUUGUUAAAUUAGAAGUUACUCAGCGUGGACGGAAGACAUGUCAUAAAUCGCCUAUAAUUCAGUUCAUGCUAAGCCCUGCGGGUGAUGAGGUGACUACUAUAGCUCGCGACGGAUGCGUGCGCGCUUGGUAUUGGGACACGGUAGAGCAAGCAGACCCUCCAGAAGACGAUCCGUAUGUCGAACUAAAUCCAGUUGCUGAAACUUGCGUACCUGGCUGCCAGAUAAUGUGUCUGAAACACCAGAAAGAUAUGUAUUGGUAUGCUCAAGAUGGCAACGGUGGUAUAUGGACUGCUGAACUGGAAAUCGAUAAGAUAGAGUGCAACCAUCGCAAAGUGUUGACUUGUCACGCAGGCAGCGUAGUCGCGAUGGCGGCUUUACGGACUCAUCCAAUACUAAUCACCGCAGGGGAAGACGGGGCAUUACAGGCGUACAAUACAGAGACUCACACGCUACUAGCUCGAUAUCAGUUUCCUAAGCCAAUUACUUGUUUGUUAUACCCGCCUAUUGAUUUGGACGAAACAUCUCGCAUCCUACUGGUUGGGUUCGCUGAUGGUAUAAUGCGGACCCUGCUUCUGCACCCCGAACGUUUGGAGUCUCAGGCCUCGAUGAUUGACAUACGAGUGCAUUCAGCUCUAACCAUUCACAGUGACGAUUCGUUGCAUGCUGAUGUCAUCGAUAUGAUUUCGCUUUUAAAACCGCACUCAAAGGCCGUCACUCAGAUAACAAUAAACGAACAACGCACACUGCUAGUCACCUGCGGAGAAGAUAGCACUAUAUUCAUGUACCAACUACAACUGGGUACACCAUUCACUUUAGAAAGAUUGGGGUUUAUUGAAACUCCUAAUAAUAUUGCUUAUUUGACGUGGAAACCGGGAGAGGAACGCGUGAUACUUCUUUGUGGUCAAGUAGGAUUUAUAAUGGAAGCCGUACUUCCAGACGUAGAAAUUCGUAAAUAUAGUGAAAUAACAACAUUCAAACUUGAUUUUGUUUCGUACAAAGAAACGCUUGUAAAAAAACAUUUCAUGCGUAAUCGACCGUUUCCCACGGAAGAGGAUCUCGCUAGCAUCGACGAAGAAGCUUUGAAAGCCAAAGAUGACGAUAAAGACAAGGACGAAGACGAAGAGGAAGAAUGGAUCGGAGAAAUUGAACUGAUGGAGAGCGAAAGUAUGUUAGGCACAACGAUCACUUGGGCGCAAUAUUGCGACGAAGGUAUCUGGGUGGUGCAGAAAGGCACAGGUUCAUUAUUACUGGUGAAGCCCGGAAAUAACAAGGUUCUGAAAUACGGGCCAUUCCCGCGCGCCUGGUGUGACGACAUCACGUCGUUGAGAUUUAUAUGCGACGGUGAGUACCUGGUUGUGGGCACUAAUACGGGUUAUAUACGAGUGGUACGAAUGCCCAACGAAGAGGAAGAUACACCAGAACAUCACUACAUGACAUGGAUGAUGGCUCAGCAAAAACUGCUCAAGAAACUUAAAGGGCGACGCUUGGCUAAAGAGGAGACUCAACCUACGCCACGUCUAGAUUUUAUAGACAACUAUUAUCUCCCGAUGCACGACAGCUACACGGGAGCAAUAACUUGCCUAGAGUUUAGUAACGACGGAACCCAUUUGUACACAAGCGGAGAGGACGGUAAUAUAUUUUCUUAUGCAAUAAAUUUCCAUAAACCUUUAUUCACUAUUAAGGAACCGCCGGAUUUAUCUGAGUUACCAAAAGUGAAAAAAUUAAAAGAACCGAGUACUAUAGAAGGAGAAAUAAUGUCUCAUGAGCAAUUGAAGCAAAAAGAGGAAUAUGACAAAAUGAUGGCAAUUGCAAACGCUCAUAAAAAGCGCGUCAGGGAUCAGCUGGCUGAACUUACUGCGGAAUAUAACAAACUAAUUAAAGCUAACCGUUUACUACCAGCAUCUCAGCAAAUUGAUAUCACAUUAGAUCCACGGCCACUUCAAGUACAAGAAAGGGAAUUGAACGACGCCAAAGCAUUAACAAGGAGAAAGUUAGCCCAUAGGCUUGAAGCUUCCGAUUUAGCUCUACAUAAAAUGUAUUCGAGAAAUAUUAUACAAUGUGACGUGUUUCCUUUUACAUUAAGAGCUAUUAGGGAUCCUGAUGUUAUGAUCAGACCUCUGCGACAAAAGAAUCUUUCAAGGGCAUUCUACAAUCAACUAGAAGAAGUGCACGAGAAAAUGGCUGAAGCUGCCUUGCGUGGAAGGCGCACGGAAUCAGUAACUCGUCGUGCAGCGGCGCGAAAAUCGUCAUGGGGUCCUCCAAGGGUCGCUUCAUUCUUAUUGGGUCUGCCACCUCACCAACCACAUCCCUUAAAAAAAGCGCUCAGAAACUAUCGCUUACGCCUACAUCGUCAUCACAUGCAGUUUAUAGAGUGGCAAGAGCAUCUAUCACAUAGACCAGACCCUCACGCGAUGCCGCCAGGGGCCGCCGAGGCAUUAAAGGAGGCAGAAGCUUCGAUCGGCAACAGAUUGCUGAAGACGCAACCGGAUUACGUCGCACCGCCCGGACACAACACGCAGUUGCGUGUCUGUCUCAACAGGAAGGAGAUCUAUGACAACAAACGCGUGUUUAACACGAAAGUGCUAGAGUUGCGCGACCACAAGCUCCGACUAGUGGCGCGCAUGAAGCUAAUCGGCGAGCGGCUGGCGGAGAUCCGCGCCGAGAUCCCGCCCAAGCAGGGGAAGAGCCCGCCGCACGUGCCGCAAGUCGACGAGGACCUCGAGUUCCCCGAAAAACAUCUUGAGAUAAAACCUGAACCAAUACAGCCUGGAGCUAGAACGGCAACAGCCAAGAAAGCAGCUCCCGAACGGAGGAAGUCAUUUCUAUACCCGCAACCUAGAAUGCGCCAACCACGGGUCGCAAGAUUUGUACCAAUAACAGAGACGCGUCCACUUGCCGCUUCUUGGGAGUUGUUGAAACCAAGGCCAGAUCACGAAUUCUCGCCUAUGGAAAUAGAAAUACGCGAGAGGCGCAUAGGAAGGCACAUGUAUGAACAAGACAUGUUGCUUGCGGAUGCAGAAGUGUCGGUUCAGCAGUUUGAUGCCCGUUUGCGACAACUUCAAAGAGAGCGUAUUCGAGUUCAGGAGAGAAAUCAACUUUUGGAACUGCAUCUAUACCAAUUACACAGGGAGAUGAAUGUGUUAAAUCGUUUCGAAGCUCAUGAAGACAGAUUGGCUGAACGCGUUUAUGUUAAACUAAUGCAGGUGCGUGGUGUUCAAGAGCAAAUAAUAGAAUGUGAACAUCGCAUCGAGGAGCAUCAAGUUGAAAAGGAACAGUUGGAUCUGACUUGUCAAGAAUUGCAGAGGCAGUUCAAACGACUGGUUCAAGAUAAUAAGUUUGCCGAUUUCUUGCGCAGAAUUUUCAAGAAGAAGUACCGCCCGCCGCGUGACCGAGAUGAAGAUGAGUCGUCCGAAUCGGAAUCAUCUUCGUCAUCAAGCGAGGAGGAAGACGAGGGAAGUGUUGACAGCCGCGACAUCGGCCCCAUACGACUCGACCCCAACGUGUGUCCCGAGGGAUGCGACAAGGACGUCUACGACAAAACUUACGACCUGCGGAAUACUAGACAUAGACAUGAACAACAGAUGAUGGACCAAGAUCGCAUGGUGGAUAUGCUGAGAAAGGACAUAGAUGCGCACAACAAAGUCAAGCAAAAACUUUCAAUACAACUGAACAAAAGGAAGAACGAGCUUCGUGAAUUUAUGAUGGAAAAACAGAACUGCCUAAACGAUGUGGACCAAGUGAUAGUUCUGCGGUACGAUCAGAUUAGGGCAUCAGCGUUGCGCGGCUGCACCGGACCGCAGGGGUUGUCACAGACAGUUGUGUUCCCGGAAAGGAUGCUUUCUCGGCUGAGAAAACGAGUGCUCGAGCUGCAGGAUGAGAUCAAACAGCAGAAGCAGAGGCAAAAGGUAAAUCGAACCCAUCUAUUCCGUAUGAAUAUUGACCUUCGUAAUAUGGAAGCUAAAGCCCAAGAGCUCCGCGCGAAGAUGAGGGAUGUGCUCACUCGCAAGUUGGGCAAACCGCGAAAAGUGGACAAAACACUCGACGACCUGCUAAAGCAGAUGGCGCGACGGCACAAGUUCGCCGCCACGCUCGGCACCACGCCACAGAUGGUGGCACAACUUAGGAAGUGGCGGGAGCGUCAUAGUGAAUUGGAGAAAAAAUAUCUUCAACUUCUGAAUUGUUAUUCUGAUCGUUUGCGACUUGCUGCAGCUCUUCAAGCAGAUGUUCUACCGCAAAAGCCUGCUAAAGAUCCUUCUGAAAUGGCUGGAAGUUACAAACCGCAGCAAUACCAACGGGAUGUUGUGCGCUUACGCAUCAUACGGUCUCAACAAUUGCAACAGAUUCAGAUGCUACGUGAAGAAAUCCACAACAUGAGAUUAAAACCGUUGUCACAUCUAUCUCAGCCUGAGCCUUACUCCCCACCAGAAUCCGUCCACUCACAGAUCAAUCUUUUCGUGGUACCCCGUACGAUGAGGCAGCAGAAACGUAAAUAUUUCCCCAUAACUCCUUUGGGAUCACAGCAAGCACUGAUACAUGAUGUUAAUGUAAUGACACUCCUUUACGAUUGCUUGGACGCAAUGCGAGUGACGCGGGACGAUGCAGACGAAUUGCUUAAAGAUCUUACUGUAGAAUUACCUGAUAUUAUAUCUGGAUCCAAGUCUCGUUUUGACGUGGUAGAUGCAUUGGUACGUAAAUGGGUUGUGAAGUAUGGCGGGGAUCCAAGUCAGUACAAGAAACAGACACGUGCGUUCGAUGCAUUGGCUGCUUUGGUGGACCGACUCAUAAGGCAACAAGUGGAAGCAAUGGAAGGCACACCCGUUGGUACCCAAGGUGUAAUGGAGUCUCUAGAACAAGCGCUCAAGGGCGUGGCUGGUGCUGAUCAACAAUUGUAUAAACGACUAGGUUCAGCGCUGGCGGCGCUGUUUCACACUGCUGAAACAUCAGAUCUAGAAACCCCAGAAACAAUGACAUCGCUCGUGACCUCGCUGGUUGAUGAACAACAUCCGCUCACAUCAGAAGCAAUUAAUGAAAUCGAUAUUUUAGUUGUUAUGGGCAAUAUUAAAGAUUGCGGCGUGAAAGUUCCAGAUGAUGAGUUGCAGCACAUUAUACAAUUAGCUAUAGAAUGUCUGAAGGCACAGUUGGUGGGUGGAGAAGAGGCGGAUAAACUUGACAGGGAAGUCGAAAAGGCAAUUGCUAGGGUAUCGGAAAAAUUAUAGUUGGGACGACUGACUGCAAUAACUAGAUACUUACCUACGUAGGAACGUACGAUGAAACGAAGUUUUGAUUUAUUUAAUUGAUCUAAUUGAUAUUAUUUCCUAAUAAACUUGGCGGCAUCGAUGAAAAUUAAGCUGUAUUUUCAUUAUAAUGGUCCAUAUUAACCCUAGAAUUAUAAGAUAUACAUAUUAAUUUGGCUCCACGAAUAUUACCUAAGAAAUAUUAACUUAGUAAUUUAGAGGCUAAUGUCAUUAAAUGAAUCCCAAUUCUUAAUCUUUGAUCCGAUGAUGGACAUACAGUAAGUCACAUUUAAUAAAAAAAAACAUUCGGAUUGAUCCAUUUUCACGAUCGAUUGAAUAAAGAUAUUGGAACUGUUUAUUGAAAUUGAUUGUAAAACCGCAGCAAUCGUGAAUAAAUAUCAGCUAAUCUCUAGUUUAUUUUCUAUAGUCUAUGAUUUGACCAACAUAAUAAUAUAACUUUGUUCUUGUUUUUCGCAGUUGGUAAACCUGCAAAGAUGUCAACCGUCAAUCUUGCCAACCUUAGAUUGCGAAUAUUGAAUACUCAGAUUGAAUAUGACAAUGACAAGUGACAUAUUAUAUGAUAUAUCAAAGUUAAUGUGUUUUUGUUCCAUACUCAUGUAAACAGUCAUAACUUGUAUAUUUUGAGUUAUUUUAUUUAAGCUAUCUCUGUUUAUCCUUACAUGAUUAAAGCAAUCUUUCUCGGUUCUUUCUGUUGGAUAUGGACAAGUAUAUAAUAACUUACUAACUCUAUUGGUCUGGGAUGGACCUUGAAAGAUAAUAUUUAGUUGUUUUGGACUAUGACCCUUAAUUUUGAAUUUCUUUUUGAUAACAUUUGUUGGAAGAAUAAAAUACCAUUUUAUAUAUAAACAAUGUCGCAACCACAAAGAAAAGCUGUUUUAAACCUUUACAAAACGUUGUUAUUUUUAGGGCGAGACUGGCCCCAAGGUUAUGACCUCUUUAGGAAGAGGUUGCACAAAGUGUUUUCAAAGAAUAGUGAAGAAACAGAUCCAAAUAAAAUUAAAAUUAUGAUAAAACAUGGCGAGUUUGUCAUUAAAGAAAUUGAGGCACUGUACAAAUUGAAAAAGUAUAGAGCCAUGAAGAGAAGAUAUUAUGAUGACAAUUAAAAUCAUUUAGUUGAGACAAUAUAAAAAACAAACCAUGUGUUGGUAAUUAUAGUUUUGCUUUACUUCAAAAUUUACAUGAUUUUAAGUAUUGGCCGGUAUAACUAUAUUUGUCUAAGAGAGAUGUCAGUUGAAAAAGUAAAAAGAAUUAAGAGAUAUCUAAAAGAGUUGUACAGGGUCUAAAUAAAAAAAUGGAAAUCAUUUAAAUAAUAUUGUUUGAAGUUGUUCUGUUUUGAAGCUUAAAAAAAUUAUAGAUAUUUUUUAUUGAAGUUAAUUGCAGAACCAUACUUACAAAAUUUAUAUCUUUGAUCUUAUUAUAUUUUAUAAUACAAUCAUUAUUUACGGAGCAAAAUUGUAAAUUCCCCUCUUUGCUUCAAUAAUGUGAUAUAUUGAAAAUAUUGAUUUGGACAAAGUAUUUUUCACAUUUAAAAAGUAAAAUUAAAGCAAAACACAUUUUUUUUUCAUUCACUAAUAAUUGCAUAUAAGAUACCACUUUUUAAAUUCAGACAUGUCAAUAUUAAAAUGAAAUAAAAAUUCUGAUUUGUCAGACUUAUCACAUUAUUGAUGUAAAGUGGCGAAUUAGAAGAUAUAAAAAAUAAUUAAAAAUGCUUUAAUUAAAAUUUACUUACUUAGUGAGACAGUCGUGAAAUUAUGUUGCUCUUAUAUAGGCUGUGUAUACACAAUAUGGGCAGCUUUUAUACAUAUUAUUAGUUUUCUAGUUUUGUUAUUUUAUACCCUUUUCACUUUGCCUGGGUUUGAACAUGGAAAAAAAAAAUAAAUAAAUAUAUUACAUGUAACUAAUAUAAUAAUACACAAUGUAAAUAAUAUUCUAUAUUUAGGUGCAAUUUUUGAAAUGUAGGUUAUAUUAAUAGGUCAAACCUUUGUAAUUUUAGACAUUCUUAACCAGUUUGGAUUAAUAUACGAUAUACACAUCAUUCAUGUAUACUAGUUAUUUAUAGGGAUUUUGUGAUUAAUAUGUGGCCUUUUUAUAGAGAGUAAGCCAUUAAUAUUCAGGAUUUUGUAAACACUAUGCCCAUAAUAUAAAACCCAUGCUCAA